UUUUUUCAACUCUCAGACUUAGGAACAGAUUUACGCUGUCAUCUCUCUGACUCACAUCCUAAAUCAACAGCACCCCUCUCACACACUCACUGACAAACAUACUUGCAUCGUCGCACAGCUAAGUCAUGGCGGACAAAAAGGACAGCAAGACCCCCGGCAAGGUUUUGAUAAAGAAAAAAGAAAAGAAAGUGGAGGGUAAACCCGAGAAGAAGAAAGAAAAAGAUAAGGAUGAAAAGAUAAAAAAGAAGACGGAAAAGAGCCCUGAAAAUCAACCGGAUAAAGAUAAGGAUGAAAUGGUUAAAAAGAAGGCAGAAAAGAGCCCUGAAAAUCAACCCAAAAAUGAGGAUACUUCUCAGGGAAAUGGAGAGGUAGCAGCAGGAGCCCAGGGGCCCGGAAAAGAAGAAGAGUUUGAGCUGGAACCUAUGGAGCUUCCACCAUUUGAGAUCAUUGCAGGUGACAGAAUGAACCCCAUCUUCUUUAAGUUCCAAUUCAAAAAUGUAGAAUAUUCCUCAGGGCGAAACAAGACCUUCCUGUGUUACCAGGUGGACAUCCAAGGGCAAGCAGAAGCAGAUGGGCUUCGUGGUUAUCUGGAGGAUGAGCAUUCAGGUUUACACGCUGAAGAAGCCUUCUUCCAACAAGUGCUGGCCUUGUACGAUACGUCACUUAGCUACACAGUGACCUGGUACACGUCCUCGAGCCCCUGCGCGGCCUGCUCGGCUAAGCUUGUGGAGAUCUUGCAAAACCGCAAGACGCUCCGCCUUAACAUCCACUGCUCUCGUCUCUUCGAGUGGGAGGAGCCAGAGAUACAAGCUGGACUUCAGGAGCUAGUUAGGGCGGGGUGUAAGCUACGCAUGAUGAGGCCUUUGGAUUUUGCUUAUGUUUGGUCUACUUUUGUAGAGAACGAGGAAGAUAACUUUACACCCUGGGAAGACUGUCAAGAUAACUAUGAAUAUUAUGAUGAAAAGCUGUGUAAUAUUUUAAAAUAGGGUAAGGAUUUGCUUGCCAUUAAAUGAGACAUUACAACACAGUCUGGCAAGAGCUUUGAAGUAAAUAGUUAAAAUUACUCCGCAAUACAGAGCUGCCGGGAUGACGUAUUUCCGAGUGAAACAGAUUAUCACGCGAGGAAAAUAGUGGCUGUGGCUUGUGUUUUCUACUGUGUUUUGAUUGGAUAUAGAAAAGUAGGCAUGGGAGUUGGAGGGGGCAGAGUUAACGGAUGCGGUCUAGUUGACGUCAUCAGAGAAUGACCCGCCACAAGAGGGCAGAAGUACAUUUUCAGAUUUUGAUCGAAGUUUAUGAAUAAACACUGAAGUAUUAGAUAAAAAAUAAAAAGUGUCAGUUUUGAUUUCAUUGGGACUUUAACCACAUUUUAAAGAUGCUUAAACCUUCUAUGUCGUAGAAUAAAAUAAAAUAAGAAUAAAAAUAUAUUGAGCUUGUGUUAACCCAAUAUCUUAUUUAAGACAUUUAACUGAAACCACAUAAAAAAAACAUUGACUGCAGGAUGAGAGAACCGGAAUUGUUAAAAUGCUAACUCGUUUUCAGGUUUCGCCUACAAAAAUACGACAUCCCUGCAGCUCUCUAUUAUAGGGACACUUCUUCCUCUUUUAUCAAAAUUUCUUCUGUGACAUCACACAUUUGACAUUCUUGUCUGGAAUGUAAACUUCCGAAACAAAUCUAGACCUUACUAUUGUAAGGUAUUUAUUAAGGAUAUUAAAUAUAUGGGAUACUCGAUUUGUAUGUUGCAGAGUAAUAUAGUUAUUAUUAGUCAAACAUUUCAAGCAUGUGUUUUUUAGUAAUUUAGAAAAAAUGUUCAGACUCUAGUGUUGACUUGCUCUGACCAUCAUGUUUAAAUAUAAAUAUUACCACUUGUCUCUUAAAAUUAUUUUUUAAAUAUAUGGAAUUGUCUGGAAUAGGCUCCUUUCAUGUCAUUAUAUUAAAGAUGACCACGUUAAAAUUU